CCAACUUGUGUCGGUCAUUCGUUACAAAAGAACGUGUGUGUCCCCUCUCUACUUUAGUUAGUCAUCGCACCGCUUGUCUUUGUCAGCACUCUUGAGCUACUUCUCCUUCACGUCCGCCUCUGACACACACACAUACACACAAGGGGUGGGCGCCCACACCCAACACCAAUACAUACUGCAUACUCUGCUCACUUACCCAUCCAGUAUUCGGCGAUUUUUCUAUCCUUGGCAUCGUCGUUGGCCUUCGUCACGUUCAUCUGCACACACAGAGAGACACAGACGUGCUCACGCCAUGUCAGACGCUUCCUUUGCUCACCCAGUAUUGUUGCUUGCUGAUCUUGUUCUCGACGGGGCUCCCGUGCAGCUUCAGGAUCUGGGAGAUGGUCUGCUCCGUCUUGUCCCCUCGGUCUAUCUUGAGCAGCAUCAGGUUCAGCUCCUCCACGUUCUUGACCUUGAUGCCCUGCCCUCCACCUACGGCGCCCGUGACGAGCUGGCGCACAUUUUGCUGCACACACAUACGGACGGACAGAGAGACAGAGGGAGAGCACAUUGAAUGAUCCCUCCCCGUCUGUGUGCAUGUCCCAUAUAUCAGUCAGCGCACGCGAAUGGCCCCGCCUGGCAUCUCCCACAGCGCCACGUGGUGGUCUGCCCAGCAAACAUUGCAUACAAUGCAGUGUGAUGCGUGGGGCAACACACGCGUCUGUGCUGCUGUCUUCUCGCUCAUCUGCUCGUGUGUGAGCUUCCUUCGUACCACUGAUGUCGGUCUCCCGCAGGAUCUUGGCCUUCUCAGGUAUCUCCUCCUCCUCAGGGGCCCAGUCGGGAUCGUCGCGGGCGGAGCGGGCCCUGCCCUUGCCGGGACUGCCGGCGCGGCUGCCCUUGGACGGGCUGCGAUGGGCCCCCCCCUCUCUACCUUCUCCUUCUCCUUCUCCUCCUGCUCCUUCUUCUUGUCGUCACCUUCGUCAUCGUAGUCCUCUACAGCGGCACCGAAAGCCGCAGCCGCAGCAGCCCGGCCCGACCCCUGCCUCAGUGGGCCUGAGACACACAGACAACAUCAUGAUGCAUGUCGGUGCAGGGCGGGAUCAUGCAGCGCCUGCAUGUACCUUCGGGCAGCCCCACGGGUGGCGAGUUCUCCCUCGUCAUGAACGCCCCUGACGUGACUGCAAACAGCAAAAGGCACGUGCAGGCAGGUUACAUGCCCAUGCAUGAAUGUACUCAUGGAUAAAUCCACCGCAAAUCGGCUCACCGUUGGCGCUCUUGGAUCUCAUCUUGGCCGACGCUCUUUCCUCCCUCCUCGCCAACUCCCUUCUGGCAUUCAUCUU